GUUUGGGUCACUGGCCGGGGCAUUGGUUUACUUCAGCGACUUCCUCCCAUGGGCUGCGCGCAUGCGCAUGCUCUUUCGCCCGGCGCGAGGGAGCCAAGGCGCCGCGAAGGCGAUCCCUUGGGUCUGGCAUGGGCCACACCACGGCGAACGGCGUUGCAUGCGAUCAAAGCGUCGCUGGAGGAGGAGGCAAAGAAAGGAGCCAUUUGGGUCUUUCGCCCCGACGCCUCGCACGCGGCCGCCGCGGCCGCGGACGGCGCGGCGCGCGCCUCGCCGCGGAAGCUGCCCUUCUGCGCGUCGCUGGGGGCGCUGACGGAGGAGCCGAGGCCGUGGCAGCGGCUGUGGCAGAGCUGCGUGCAGGAGCUCCAACGCGACAUGGCAGAGGAGCUUGAGGUGCCGGCGAAUGCUGCGCUGGAGCUCAUGCUGGAGGGAGACGCCGCACUAAAGGCGCAGCUGCCAGAGCUGCUGGGCGCGUCCAGGUCCAAGGCUUUGAGUAGUUUGCAGCGGUGCGUGGAGCUACAAGAGGCCCUCGCGCAAAUCGCCAGGACCAUGGCAACAGCCAUUGCCUCGGAGCAUCUUUGGCCUCAGCUGCGGGUGCUGAUGGAGGAGCAGCAGGAAGACUCCAUGUUCAACCUGGCGCUCAGAGGCUUUGAGUUUAAGGGCAUCUUCUUCCGUGUGAUUGUGGAUGAAGAGGACUGGAGGACCAUCUCCCUGGAGAUGCGGCUGGCGCGAAAGCUAGACACGCGGCGGAUGCUGAUGACAGUGGAGGGCCUGGGCCUCCGCUUGCUGGCCUCCCCCGUGCUCGAGUCAGCAGCCCCGGAGAGUACCAGGCUGCUGGAGCACGCGCAGCACUUUGGACACUUCGGCCUAGGCGACGUGCAGACUGCCUUGCCAAACCCCAGGCAGCUGCUAUCUCUAGAGGUGCCGCUGUCCAGAGCCUUGCGCCGGUGCAGCGCCAAGGUGCCAAUGCAAUGCGUGGCGCUGAUCUUCGGAGGAGAGCGUGCCAAUGGGCAGCCGGAGGUGGUGGUGGCAGCUUCUGCUGCGGCCUUGCUGGAGAAGGUUGUGGGCGCCUUUGGCUGCGGCGGCGACCAGCUGCGUCUCCAUGCUGAGCCUGGCCUUUUCGGCUGCGCCUGCGAGGUGUGGUACCUGCCGAACUCAGAUGGCGCAGUUUGGGAGUGGCAGAGCAAUCGCUUCAGCGUGCUGUUUGCGAGUCUGCCGACGCGUCCACCAGUGCAGGAUGACAAGGAGCACAGCUUCCGUCUUCCGGAACGACUGCUGGCGGCAGCCCAGCAGGUGGCAGCCAACCCCGGCUAUGCCCAGCACCCCCACUUUUUGCGCACGGCGUUGCGGCGGCAAAAGCUGCCGGCGCGCUUCGCGGGCGCUCUCGCAGAGGUGCGGCUACUGGGCCAAAGUGCCCAGAACCAGGCCGUUGUGGAGGAAGCGGCAGCCGUAGACAUGGUGGCGAGAGCGGCGAAGCAUGUUGUGCGCUACAUCCACCGCGUGCGCCAGGGCCAAGGCUUCUUCGCCUUUUCCGGGGAAGCGCAGCCGAAGGCGCCGUUGGAGCGGACCUAUGCCGUGGAUACCGCUGCUGGCCUGGAAGCGCCCAUCAUCGCGAAGGAGGCGCAGCUUUUGUCGGAGCGCCUGGAGGUGGCGUUGGAGCCGCCCAUCCCUCCGCUGCCCGAGGCGAAGGAAGCGAAGAGCGAUGCUGAGCUGGAAGCGCAGCUCAUGUUUACCGCCCUGGAGGGUCCGGAGCGGUCGGCCGACACGUCUGACGCCUGCGCGGCGAUGCUGCACCUGGCCUUUUGGGUUCGCCUCGCCUCCGCCUCCGCAGAGCUCAGCUUCUGGCGCGACAAGGACUCCUCUUCAGUGUCCACCGCCUGCUCGGAGGAGGAGGUUCUGACGCUGAGCUCCGCCUGGGGCCAGCGUCUUUUCACCUGCGCUCGCCGCGCGCCCGACGCGCUGCGCCGGGCGCUGCAGCACCAGCUGCGGGUGUCGAACGCGCGGGGCGACCGGAAAGGCGAGCGAAAAGCUUCGUUGCGGAUCGCCAAGCCCACCCUGCGGCCCUUCUUUCGGUGCAGAGGUGGGCUCUUGUUGGAGGCGGCCUUGGAAGUGCUCACUGACGCCGCUUUGGAACUGCCCAGUGACGAGCGCCUGCUUCGUUUGCGGAGUCCGGGCGGAGUGGCGAAUCGCCUUGCGGGGGCUGCGCUGAUGCCGGCGGCAGCCUCGGAGCACUACCAGCUGAAGUACCAAGCUUGGAGGGCCAAAGCUUUGCUGUGCUCCGUGCAGCUCAACUUGCUCGCGGAUCUUUCGACGGAAACGCCGGAGAAGGAGCGCGACGGCAUUUCCUCGCGGGGGCUCAAAGCGGUGGCGUCGCUCUUGGGGGAGCUGGGGGCGAAUUGUCCCCCGGAACUCCUGGCGGCCUUCUUUGCCCUGCGGGGCCUCAUUUGCGAGCGCGAAGGCGACGUGGACGCCUGCUACCUGCACUACUUGCAAGCCCUGGCAGCGGUGGACGACGCCUGGGGCGACCCCCGCCGUCCAGGGGGGCGCGGGCACCCCUUCGCCUGCUUUCUGGUCUGGAAGCUCGGGAUCAUCGCUUAUUGCAGGUCGGACGCCAAGUGCGUUGCCAAGUUCGGGGACUACUUCCGAUCCCUGCUGCUCACCUUCGGCGAGGACGUUCCUUUCACCUGGGGCCCUGCGGCUAUGGACGGCCUCCACGACGAAAAUGCGGCGAAAGCGGCGCUCAGCGCCGCCAAAGUGGCCGGCCUGGAACGGUGGUGGCGCAGACACGACGUGUUGCACUUCAUCCAGGAUGGCGUGCUGGCGCACUGCUGGCCCAAGACGGAGGACGAGCCCUGCACGGUCUCCCAGGGCAUCACAGGCGAGCGCCAGGACGUUUGGCGCGGCACCUGUUUCGCUUCUGGGGUCAACGAGCUUGGACAACUGGGCCUGGGCAAGAACGACGUGCCUUGGAGCGGCACGCCAGUGCGUGUGGUGGCCCUGAAGGAGGUGAGGGUCAGCGAGGUGGCCUGCGGGGAGUCGCACUGCGUGGCCGUGGAUCAGGAGGGACAUCUCCAUGCCUGGGGCUUCGACGAGUAUUGCCAGGUGGGCGGCGAUGACCGCCUCUUCGUGCGCUCCCCGAUGAGCUCCCCGCGGCCCUCGCCCAUGAGCCCUCGCACCGGUUUGCGGGGCUGCCGGGUGGUGCCAAAGCCUAGGAAGCUGAACACCUCGGUCACCUUCGCCAGCGUCGCCUGCGGCGCUCAGUUCUCCUUGGCCCUGGACACUCAGGGCCAGGUGUGGUCCUGGGGCAGCGGGGAGGGCGGCGUGCUGGGCCUGGGGCCCAGCUCCGCCGGCUCCGGCGGCGCCGGCGGCGCGCGCUCGGAGCCCACCAAGGUGCAGCUGCAAGGCUGUAAGGAGGUGGCCUGCGGCUCCUACCACGCCCUGGCCGUGGGCUUCAGCGGGAAACUCUUCGCCUGGGGCCGCACGGAAGGGGGCCAGCUGGGAUUGCCGGAGCCGGUGAUCCAGCAGCACAUCGAGGACUUCCAGCUGGACGACACCUGCGUUUGCCAGCCCUUGCCUGUGCCCAUGCCGGUGGAACUGCAGAGCGCGGCAGGAGGAGACGUGCACUCCUUGGCGCUGGACGUCUCGGGCAGCUGUUGGAGCUGGGGCUGGGGGGAGUUCGGGCAGCUGGGCCUCGGCUUCUCCGGCGCCUCCUACCAGGUGGGCUCUGGCGGAAUGUCCUCGCGCCGGCCCACGCCCACGCGCAUCGACAUGCCCGCGUCGCUGGGGAAGACGCUGCUGGUGGCCUGCGGCGGCGCCUUUUCGGCCGCGCUGGUGGGCCAGGACCUGAGCAGCGGCGGGCAGCUGUUGAUGUGGGGAGCCAACGACGUGGGCCAAUGUGGGCUGCCUCCCAAGCAGCCUAUGGACAUCGCUGCCCCCCGAGAGGUGCCUGGCCUGCGGAAUAUCGCCAUCCGCCACGUGGGGUGCGGCACAAACCACGCGGUGGCCAUCGAUCUGCAGGGCCAGGCGUUCUCCUGGGGCUCCUCACAGUUCGGCAAGCUGGGGCACUCCGAUGGUGCGCCCUCUGGGCCCAGCCUGGUGAGGGCCUUGGCGCGGCUGCGCUUGGCAAAGGCUGCCUGCGGGCUGCACCACUCCCUGCUGGUCACGGAUGUGCGCAGGAGGUCGAGCAAACGAGACAGCGAAGGGACGGACACAUCUUCCGGGGCCUCCUUGGUCUGAAGGUCGCGCAGACGCGCGAUCGACAAAUACCGAGGCCUGCUUAGAACGCGUGCCACGAGUUUUGGAG